UUGGAGAGUACUAAGCCUGGCAUAGUGGUGGCCUAUAAUCCCAAUUUCUGGAAUACAAAGUCAAAAAAGACACAUGAGCCUACGAGUUCAAGAACAGCCUGGAAAAGUGAGAACUCAUUUCAAAAAGUAACAACAAAAAUAAUAAAACCAAGACAUUCAGGUUGGUCAAAGAAAAAGUGAUGUAUGAGAAAGAGGCAAAGCAACAAGAAGAAAAGAUUGAAAAAAUGAAGGCUGAAGAUGGUGAAAACUACGCCAUUAAGAAGCAGGCAGAAAUCCUGCAAGAGUCCCGGAUGAUGAUCCCAGAUUGCCAGAGACGGUUAGAGGCUGCAUAUACUGAUCUUCAGCAAAUAUUAGAAAGUGAAAAAGACUUGGAACAAGCUGAGGAGUAUAAAGAAGCACGCAUAGUUCUGGAUUCAGUGAAGUUAGAAGCCUGAAAUUUUUCUGUACAGGGUGUUUUUUGCAUUAAAUCCUGGGGUCCAUUCUACAAUUUGUUAUUUUUGGCCACUGCUGUGUUUAGUAAUAUGAAAACGUGGUUCUUUUUAUGCAGUUGCAUAUAUUUUUCUUUGCAUAACUUAAUGUGUCAAAUAAAUGAGUUCAUCUAAUAAAA